AUGGCGGCGCCCUCCCUCAGCCGCGCCGCCCUCGGCGCCCCCCGGAUUUUGGGGCCUCCGGGGGCUCCCCGGGCCCGGGCCCGGCGCUGGAGCAGCGGGAGCCGCUCAGCGGGGACCCCUCCGGCCGCCCAGAGCCCCGGGAGCCCCGGCUGGGACGGGCCCGAGCGGGCGAGGCUGCGGGGCCGAGAGCAGAGGGAGAAGCGGCUGCGGCUGAGGAGGGAGAGAGGGGAGAGGGAGGGGAAGGCGCCGCAGCCGCUGCCCAAGGGCUGGAGCCCCCAGGCUGAGGUGGAAUAUCAGCACCCGCUGGGGCCCGAUGGAAAAAAGGCCACGGGCGUGCCCCUCCCCCCCAGGUACAGCCCCCGCUACGUCGAGGCCGCCUGGUACCAAUGGUGGGAGAGGGGAGGGGUCUUCAGCCCCAGCGCACCUGAGCAGGUGUCGGGGGGGUCCCCGGUGCUGAGCCUGGUGCUGCCCCCCCCCAACGUGACGGGGUCGCUGCACCUGGGCCACGCCCUGACCGUCAGCCUGCAGGACGCCCUGGUGCGAUGGCGGAGGAUGCAGGGCUGGAACGUGCUGUGGGUGCCGGGCACCGACCACGCUGGCAUUGCCACCCAGGCCGUGGUGGAGCGCUGGCUGUGGCAGCACCGCGGGUGCCGCCGGCAGGAGCUGGGCCGGGAUCGGUUCCUGCGCGAGGUCUGGGGCUGGACAGAGCGGCACGGGCAGCAGAUCCUGCAGCAGCUGCGGGCGCUCGGGGCCUCGCUGGACUGGAGCCGCUGCGCCUUCACCAUGGACCCCGGUUUCUCCCGCGCUGUCACCGAGGCCUUCGUGCGUCUCUUCGAGGCCGGGCUGAUCCGCCGGGACCUGCGGGCGGUGACCUGGAGCUGCGCCCUCAGAUCCGCGCUGGCGGAUGUGGAGGUGGAGCCUCGUGUCCUGAAGGGCCCCACGGCGCUGAGUGUCCCCAACUGUCCCCACCCCGUCACCUUCGGCGUCCUCGUCACCUUUGCCUACCCCGUGGAGGGGGACGACGGGCUGGAGGUCCCUGUGGCCACCACCCGCCCUGAGACGCUCUUUGGGGACGUGGCCGUGGCCGUGCACCCACAGGACCCCCGGUACCUGCACCUGCAGGGCCGGCAGGUGAGGCACCCGUUCACCGGGGCCCUGCUGCCCGUGGUGAGCGACCCCAGCGUGCGGCCCCAGCUGGGAACCGGUGCGGUCAAGGUGACCCCCGGGCACAGCCCCCAGGACCUGGCCCUGGCCCGGGCCCACGCGCUGCCGCUGCUCUCGGUCAUCGCCGACGACGGCACCCUGUGUCCCCCGGGCGGGGGGUGGCUGCAGGGUGUGCCCAGGUUCGAGGCCCGCCCUCAGGUGGUGGCAGCGCUGGCACAGCGGGGGCUGCUCCGGGGGGUGACCGACCACGCCAUGACCCUGCCCCUCUGCAGCCGCUCCGGUGACGUCGUUGAGUUCCUGCUGAAGCGUCAGUGGUUCCUCACCUGCGGGGACAUGGCCCGGGAGGCGCUGCAGGCGGUGGAGUCGGGGCGGCUCCGCCUGGUGCCCAAAUUCCACGAGAAAAACUGGAAAAGCUGGAUGGAGAGCGCCGG